AUGACCGUCAGUUCAGAAACACCAACUUUCCGCCACAUCUCAGUCAGGCCUUUGCAUCCAACUUUCGGUGCGGAGAUUAGCGGAGUGGAUAUCUCAGUCUCAUUGGCCAGUGAGGUAUGGAGCGAGAUCCGGCAAGCUGUGACAAAAGUAUCUACCGCUUCUUUUUGGGGAGUCGUCGUCUUCCGCGGUACAAAGCUUACCGAUGAGAGCCAUAUUUCAUUCUCCAAGUACUUUGGAGAAUUAGACGACGUGAGACCAUACAUCACAGCAGGUCGAAAGAAUCGUCUCAAAUAUCCUGAACUCUUUGACGUUAGCAACGUCGAGCUUGAUGGAACUAUUCUCGACCCCCAGAGCGCGCGUGGCCAAGCAAACAGAGGAAACAAUCUUUUUCACGUGGACUCAAGCUUCAACCCCCGCCGAGCCGGAUUUUCUCUGUUACUAGCCCAUGAGCUCCCCCCACCCGGAAUGGGAGGCCAUACCGAAUUCGCAGAUACACGAACAGCAUUCGAAGGCCUCCCAGCCGAUCUCAAAGAGACUCUCUUAGCUAGUGACUACAUUGCCUGUCAUUCAAUGCACCACUCUCGCAAAGUGGCUGCACCCGAAGCCUUCGCUCACAUCAACCCGCUUGAUCACCCAAUGGGUCGACACAAACUGGUCCAACGUCAUGAAGCAUCGGAUCGCAUGAAUCUGUAUAUAGCAGCUCAUGUGCACCAUAUUGAAGGACUUGAGCCGGAGAAGUCCCAGGAAUUGUUUGAUAGGUUGUUCAAGCAUGCUACUCGCGAGAGUAAUGUGGUUGAGAUCAAGUGGCAGAAGCCUGGGGAUUUGGUUAUAUGGGAUAAUACCUGUACUAUGCACCGCGCUGUUGGAGGUAUGUUUUUGAAAACCUAUAGGCGGGAUAUGAGGCGGACUACGGUACAUGAUUCCAGUUCUCAGGCUUGGGGAUUGAAUGAGCAUUCUGAUGUUAGGCAGGGGCUUCCUUGA